UGGAACUGUUGACACGUUGACGUUUAGUAGCGGCAGCUUCAAUAUUAUCAGUAACGAUUGAGGAGGGCAUGGAGACUUCGCUUCAUGGGGGGCUGCGGGGAACCCCUCUUGACCUGCAGGUUGAGGAGGAAGUGUCCGCGCUGUCUAUUGUGAUAAUUUACAAACAGCAGCUGGAGGAGAUGUACGCGGCGCUGUGUCAAGCGCAUGGCGAUCUGCCAUAUGAUGUUCUGCUAGAGGGAGAGGAGACCUGCGAUGGGUGGGAAGAGGAACUUUAUGAACAGAUCUCUUUUCGACAGCGGGAUGCGAUUGACAAAGCGCGGGCGAUUGCCUUCUUCUACGACUGCGUUGAGAUGCUGCAGCAGGUCAAAGAGAUGUUUGCUGGCCUUCUAGCGAGGAGACGCGAGUGGUCCGCCGGAUACCGAGACAUGGACAGCAUCGACAGCAGCAACACCAUCAACAAUAUCAUCAACAACAUCAAUUUCAUCAACCUCAGCAAUGACAGCACUGUCAUCGACCACGACCACAUCAACAGUGGUUAAUACGGUUAUAUUGCCAAUUAUGACAUCUAUGAUGAUAACAUCACUAUCUAUAGCUGCGACACCAUCGAGUAAUCAAGGUUGUGUUCAGCA